GGUGUGCUACCUCAUCGAGCGUGCCCCUGCGGCGGCGGCGGCGGCCGGCGCGUCCGGUGACGGCAAGGAACUCGGAGGGUGCGACCGCGAUGCACGAGGCCAUCCGGAACGGCCAUGAGGCCGUCCUGGAGAAGCUCGUGUCCGCCGACGGUGGGCUGGCCGCGGUGGUGGAUGGCAAGGGCUUCUCCCCGCUGUACCUGGCCGCCGCGCUAGGCCGCGCUGACAUGGUUGCCGUCCUGAUCGGAGGCUCGCCUCCUGAGGAUGGGGUGAAAUCUCCGGCGUACUACGUCGGGCCCCAUGGACAGACCGCCCUGCACGCGGCGGUCCUUGUCAGUGAAGAAAUGACCAAGUCACUGUGGUGCUGGGAGCCGACGCUGGCGAAGAAGAAGGUGGACAACUCCGGGAACACCGCCCUCCACCAUGCGGCCUCAGCUGGAAAGAUCGGAGCAGUGAAGCUGCUCCUACUCAAGGACUCCUCGCUGGCGUACAUCCCCGACGUGGACGGGCUCUUCCCCGUGCACACCGCCGCGAAGAUGGGCAAGAUCGACGUCAUCGAGCUGCUCAUGGAGACGUGCCCCAACAGCGACGAGCUGCUGGACAACCGGGGGCGGAACGCCCUGCGCUGCGCCAUCGAGCACAGGAAGGAGAAGGUGGUGCAGCGCAUGUGCCGGAACCCGAGGUUCAGGCGGAUGGUGAACGCCAGGGACGGCGCCGGGAACACGCCGCUGCACCUGGCGGUGAAGCACGGGCGCGACAGGAUGGCCAUGCUGCUGACGCAGGACGUGAGGGUGAACCUGAGCGUCAUGAACAACGACGGCGCGACGCCGCUGGACGUGGCCAUCAACGAGCUCGACCACCGGUACACGUACCCGAUGAACCCGGAGGUCCUGAUCGUGCAGUGCCUGGCGUGGUGCGGCGCCCACCGCAGCCUCUGUUACCCCGACACUUCACUGAAGUCACGUGUCGGUGUCGGACACGGUGUCCGAUACCGAUACAUCCCCGAUACGUGUCUCCGAUAUGUAUCGAAGAAGUAUAAGAGAUUUAAAUAUUUAAAAUAA